AUGGCGCUACAAUUAUGGCAAAUUCUGAAAGAAGCGAUACUUGCUUUCUUUCUUUACUCUCCGCUAGUCAUCUUAACUGUCCUCUCUCUCUUCCUCGUUCUCCUCUUCGUAAUUGCUAUGUACCAAAUGGCCUUAGGCUGGUUUACUUCGCUGCUUGCUGAUCUGAGGGCUAGAUCGUCAACUACAGAUGAAGUGCCACGAAUUCCUCAGCCUGUUCAGGUCGGUGAGAUCACGGAGAAUGAGCUUAGGCAGUACGAUGGCUCUGAUCCUAAGAAGCCCCUUCUUAUGGCCAUCAAACAUCAGAUCUAUGAUGUAACUACAAGCAGGAUGGCCUAUGGACCAGGAGGACCAUAUGCUUUGUUUGGAGGGAGAGAGGUAAGCAGAGCUCUUGCAAAGAUGUCUUUUGAGGAGAAAGAUUUGACUUGGGAUAUCUCUGGUCUUAGUCCUUUUGAGCUAGAUGCUCUUCAGGACUGGGAGGAGAAGUUCAUGAGCAAGUAUACCAAGGUUGGAAGUGUCAAAGUGACCGGUUCAAAAGCAGAAAUCACAUCUGUGACUGAACCCGCAGAGACUAGUGACAAAAAUGCCCAUGUAAUCAAGCAAGAGACGAUUGUCGUGGAUAAGAAUGAUCUGACUUCCGUUUCGGGGAUUUACUCUGAUAUAGAGACCGGUUUAAUUGUAAAAGUAUAAUCUCCAAUGAUGUUGAAAUUUCAAUACAUAUCUUUUUUUUUUACAGCAUUUCAAUAUUAAUCUAUGUUUCAUUAUCUCAAGAAUCAAGUUUGCUGAUUAAUAAAACAUUUAUGAACUACUCAAUGAGAAAGAGUUGUCA